AUUCUCAACACUUGUUUGAAUUUGCUCCGUCGCCGUCGCCGUCGCUAAGCUGUUGUUCUUUUCUCCGGUUCUCCGUGUACGCUUUAGAUCGCAGAUAUGAACGCACCGGUUCUUGUUCUCAAGGAUUCAUUGAAGCGUGAAUCUGGAGCAAAGGUUCACCAUGCUAAUAUUCAGUCUUCCAAGUCUGUGUCUGACAUUUUACGAACCACACUGGGUCCUAGCUCUAUGUUAAAGAUGCUUCUUGAUGCUGUUGGAGGGAUUGUUGUUACCAAUGAUGGAAAUGCUAUUUUGCGUGAAAUAGAUGUUGCUCACCCUGCAGCUAAGUCGAUGAUUGAGUUGAGUCGCACACAAGAUGAAGAAGUUGGUGAUGGGACUACAUCUGUUAUUGUUCUUGCUGGUGAAUUGUUACAUGUUGCUGAAUCAUUUAUUGAGAAGAGUUACCAUCCCACAGUCAUUUGCCGAGCUUAUAUUAAGGCUCUCGAGGAUGCUAUCGCUGUUCUUGACAAGAUUGCCAUGCCAAUCGAUGUCAAUGACCGUGCAACAGUACUAGGAUUAGUCAAAAGCUGCAUUAGAACAAAAUUCAGCUAUGGAAAUUUGCCGAUCUGAUUGCUGAUUUAGCAAUUGAUGCCACCACUACUAUUGGUGUUGAUCUUGGACAAGGAUUGAGGGAGGUGGAUAUUAAAAA